ACGCAUUUUACAUGCCGCCGAAAAUCGUUGCUGAGACCCUUGCUAUCAGUGAUUAUACUGCAGCCCAUAUAGAUUUGAACUGAGCACCAUGAUGCCGUAAUGUUAUCGAUAAUAAUUUUCGUCGAUCCACUGUUUCCGUGAAUUAGCUACACUUACGCUUAAAGUUAUCGCCGAAUCAGCUCCUGAGAACUGAACAGAAGAUCACCCUUUGCAGCUAUGGACUCAGCAGAACCACAUACGAGCUCUCCAGGAGGGAGUGUAAUGCAUGAGCAGAAAUCGGAGACGCUCUUGGAGACAUUAGUCUCUCAUUUACUUGCUUCGAAACGAUCACUAUCGUCAAUCAGUCACGUCUGGCGGGCAAACGAGAUUGUCAAUUCAGCGCGGGCAUCACUGGAAGAAGGUGUAGUGCUGGGUGCACGCACUGGCUUUCUCCGGAGGGGUAUAGAUGAUCAGAUUGCCGUUCUGGCUCGGGUAAGAGCAACGGUCGAAGAGGUCGCUCGUGAAGGUCAAAUGGAGUUCAAAGCCGUCCUACGAGACCUUGACGUUGCAGAUGCCAAUCUCCGGCAGACAUUAGACCAGCUUCGAUCAACCGCGGUCGAGGGGGCAUUUCGACCAAAGGACGAAGAGCAGAAGUGUCUUCAUGAUUUUGUCGACGAAGAGGGUGUGGAUGGUCUCAUGUCUGCCCUUCGAGAUCUUAUCGACCAGACGAAUGAUUCCCAAACGGCGCUCGCAGAAUCCAACCAGGCGUUUGACGACGAUAUUGGCUCCCUUACGAAUGCUCUUGCUACGAAGCUGUCCAACUCUACAUCCCGCGAUGGGCUCCAUUCGCCCCUUCCUUCUCUCUUACACUCGCUAGAAGCUCAUGCGCAGGAGGUCGCUGAUCUACUUGAGUCCCUCGUUCGCCACUUCGAUCUCUGUGUGACGGCAAUUAAACACACCGAAGGAGGUGGGGCUGCAGCGCAAAGCAUAACAGGUGACCUUCCGGCAGGCGUUGAUGUAGACCGGGAAUUGAACGAUGCUCCACCGGAGCCCAUCACCGAUGAAGAACGUCAAGAAAUGUUUGACGUUCUCCAAAAAGAUGCGGCAGAGGUUGACGACGUGGUACUCGAAAUUAGGGAGCGCCUUGCUGAGAUGGAAUCACAAUACGAACUGGCUACUGGUCAUGUGAACAGUCUGUCUAAUGACUAUGCCACUAUGGUUUCAAUAUUCAAAGACAUGGAAGAGGUGGGCACCCGUCUGCCCAAGUACGUAGUACAAAGCCGUGAGUAUGUUACGAUCUGGGAUGAGCAAAAGCUAUCUUUUGAGGAGCGCAUGGAAGAACUGGACGGUCUUAAAGAAUUCUACGAGGGGUUCCUUGGAGCAUACGAUGGGUUGAUUAUUGAGGCAGCCCGAAGGAAGAAUGUACAAUUGCGAAUGGAGAAAGUUAUACAGGAGGCGACAACCAAACUUGAUCGUCUAUACAACGAGGAUAUGGCAGAACGAGACGCCUUCCGCCAGGACCAAGGCGAUUACUUGCCUGCAGACAUCUGGCCGGGCCUUGUCAACCCACCCCGCCGUUAUGAAAUGGUAUCAGUGGACGAGGACAUGGAAGACCCUCCCGAUCUCCCCCGAAAAGUUGUAGAGCUGGCCUUACGUAAGGCUCAAACACGACUCUAAUCAGCACACGGUCAGCAAGUUGCGUCAAGACAUCUUACGAAAGAAAUCAGUAUCAUAGGCAGCUCGUGUCAGGGCUCUCUUUGAUCAACACUGGGCUUUCCAACCCGUCAUGAUCCCCUUUCAUUUUCUCUUUAUUUCAGCUAGGAGGCUUCGCGCAAGGGAAACCAUCCUUAGCUUAUAUGAGGACAUUUUGGUUUUCUUCAUUCCGAUAGGUAAGAAUCUUCUUGGAUAUCUUUUGCAUACCUGUACAUGCUCUUGGAAGGAAUAUAUAUUUCUAUGUGGGUAUUUUAAGACACCGUAAGAUCAUUUCUAAUAUCUCCUUCAUUUCUUGUGUCUGGUUGAGCCGUUGAUCAGCUUCUUUUUAAGAUGCUUCGGCAUCUUAUUUUUGCGUUGCUCUCGCUUCUCCUCCUUCACUUGUUUCUUA